AUAUUAAAUACAAUCAAAUAACUUUUUGCUUGAUAAACACAUAAAAAAUAAUAAAUAAUAGAAAAACAGUUAAGGAAAAAAAAAACAAAACAAACACAAAAAUUAUUAUUAAACGACACAAUUGUAUUGUUCUUUGGGUUUGGGUCCGUACACGAGUCCACAUAAAAAGCGGCAAAAACUCAUCAUCAUCGUCAUCAAGUAUAAUUAUAAUAACAGUCACUAUUUUAUUAUUUUAUACACAACUACGACAACGUGCAUCGUGUACACUCGAAAAAUUCUACAAAACACGACACCCAGCAAAGCAGCUACUUAAAUACACAAUUAUAGUAAUAAUAUAAAAUUUUCUAUUUGAGGGUAAAUUUAUUGAUUAAUUAAAGUUAAUGUUGUUGUGUCGUCUGCAACGUUGAUCGCAAGUAGAACAGUUAACUCUUCUACGCCGCCCGCCACACAACACGCCAUCCAUCUAUCCACAGCGGCGAGACACCGAGCGAGAGACACAUUGUAACUCAUUUUAUAUCUUAAUAGAAUUCUAUUGAACAGCACAUUUAAGUUUGCCAAGUGAUAAUAAUUAAGAAACGAAAUAAUAUUUAGUACAAUAAAAAAAUAAGCAAGGAGAAUAUUAUAAAAAUUGUACACAAUAGAGAAACAGACACACAAACACAAAAAGUUAAUUGAUCUUGAUUGAAUUGUAACAAAAACAAAAGCUUGUCGUUAAUUUUUCAUGAAGAUUUUUUGAAAGAGAACAAAUAAGUUAUUGAAAUAAGUGAGAACGCGCCAAGUACCGUUAACGUCAAAAUUACUGUUUAUCACAAGAAAUAAGUUUUUUUGAGACCGAUAUGCAGCCUUGACAUGGCCGAAGGUUUUGAAGAGUCUGAAACAAAUAAUAACAGUAAUAAUUGUGAAGGAGCAGUGAUGAUUGGUACCGUUAUGCCAUCUCUGGCAUCAUCUCUCAACUUUGGCUCGAUCAAGAAGGAGCUGGAAUCGGCAUGUGUCACGUCGAAAAUUCACUUGUCGCCCGCCCACAGUGACAACGAUGACAGAAACCGAAGUCCUGAGCCACAGAAGCGCAGCGUAAAAGAGGAACACAAUGACGACGAUGACAGAAGUAACGCCAGUACGCCGCAAUCGCAACGGAACUCGCCCGAGCCAAAGGAGCAUCACAUCUUCAAUGAACACUACCAGAAUUCGGACAAAAGUAGUUUGUCAAGCAGCAAAAACAACUCAAAUUCGUCGCAAAUGUCGUCGCUGAACGGAACUAUGCAAGACUUGAUCAACUUGCAAAAGUUGCAAAAUUUGUCGAUUUUUCAACAUCCGCAGUUAGGGCAACAGUUGCCGGGAUUGUCGAAUUUAACCAGUGGUCAGCAAAAUUUGUUGAAUUCUCCGCUGAACUUGAGUUUGGGAGGACAUUCGAAUAUGCCGGCGGCUGAAAGCCCGCAAUUGCCGCAACUGAUACUGGCUUCGGGGCAGUUGAUACAAGGGAUACAGGGUGCACAGUUGUUGAUACCGACGUCGCAAGGCGUUACCACACAAACGAUUUUAACGAUACCAGUUAGCCAACAAAUUGCAUCGAGUGUGACAAAGGAACAAAUUUUCCAGAAUAUCACGCAGUUGAUUAGUCGUGCCGAUAGUUUAUCGAGUCCAUUGCCGCCGCAUUUACCUCUGUCACAAUCACAAAUUAUCAAUAGUUCAAACUUACUUAACUCACAUUUCCUAUCAAAUAAUGCUCAACAAUUACUGUCAUCGAUACAACCGCCGAAUAUUUUACCCACGUUAGCAGCAGCUGCUGCAGCUCAACAACAAGCAGCAGCCGCCCAAUCACAACACGAGCAUCAGCAGUCACAACAAUCGAACAAAUCGUCGUUAGUGUCAAAGUCAUCGCAGCAUCUGUCAUCAGCGCGUCACAGCCCCUUGGCAGCAGGAAAUGCGGGAAAUCAAUCGAAACUCAACCACCAUCAUCAUCAUCGGGAUCAAAAUCGACCAAAGUCCCAUUCGCCGCAACCGACAAACUUGUCGAAUAAUUUGUCGUCGAUGUUCGAUGUCAAGUCCAGCGGAGGCGCGGCACGUUUGACACCCAUUGCGGAGCGCAGCAGCGACGAACGAGACGAACAUCAUCGAAAGAGCUCGCCAAUGCAUCAAAACUCGUCGCGUGACGACUCGCAUUCACCAAAUUUCUCGAAUCGAUUGCCUACGACAAAUGGCGAACUAAUUAUAACGAAAAGUCAUCCUCAUCACAUGUCAUCGGGCAACAAUGCGGGUCCAAGUCGAUCCUCGCAAUCGUCGCCGCAAUCCGGGCAUCACAAUAUCUCCAACUACCAUUUGCCGAGCUCGAUGACGAAGAGUCCCACAAACAGUAGCAGUCACAAACCACCUUUGUCACCGGCUGGAUCUGAUAAUUCUGGCGGUGAUUUACUUUCCGACUCACCGAAUGAACUAACAAUCAAUCAGACAAAUUGUAAUGUAGUUGAUGGCAUUGACCUGGACGAGAUCAAAGAGUUUGCCAAGGCAUUCAAGCUCCGUCGUCUCUCGCUUGGCUUGACGCAAACGCAAGUGGGACAAGCGCUGUCGGUCACUGAAGGUCCCGCUUAUAGUCAAAGUGCUAUUUGUAGUGCCCUCGCUGCUCAAAUGUACGCAGCUGCACAGAUUUCAUCACAGCAACAAAUGUUUGAAAAGCUGGACAUCACUCCCAAAAGUGCGCAGAAAAUAAAACCUGUGUUAGAAAAGUGGAUGAAGGAAGCCGAGGAACGUUACAAAACGGGACAGAAUCACUUAACGGACUUUAUUGGUGUGGAGCCAUCCAAGAAGCGAAAACGUCGUACGUCAUUCACGCCGCAAGCAUUGGAGUUGCUUAAUGCCCAUUUCGAGCGAAAUACACAUCCGUCAGGAACGGAAAUCACUGGCCUAGCACAUCAACUUGGUUACGAGCGCGAAGUUAUCCGGAUAUGGUUUUGCAACAAACGUCAAGCUUUGAAGAAUACCGUACGAAUGAUGUCCAAAGGAAUGGUCUAAAUUACAUGUUUUAACGAAAAAAUUCGAAAAUAACUUUUUAUAAAGCUCAAAUCCCGUUUAAAAAAAUCUUGAAAUGUAAAUUUAAAAUUUAAUCAGCCUCGAAAGGCACUUAUGUACAAAACAGAAAAAAUACUUUCACAUAAUGUAAGAUACUCAGUCGUCAAAAUUUUAAGAAAACCCUGAUAAUGACUGAAAUUAUAUUGAAAUAUUGAAGAAAAAAAAUAUUACAUUUAUUUACUAUAUAUAA